AGUGUCGACUAUCAGCUCACUACACAGACAGCCAACAUGCGUACUUUGGCGGUAUUCGCGACAGUCGCAGCAGUUGCUUCAGCUGUGCAGAGUAACCCUCAUACUAAAGCCAAACAAUCCAGGCCUCUCAUUCCAGCACUGAAUAAACGGUCUGUGGAGGUUGAGAAGAGUACUAAUUAUCGGUUUUUGUCAAACACAACUGAGCAUUACUUGGUGAACGGCACUCACUUCCCUCAAGUCUCCUUCGAUAUCGGCGAGUCAUACGCAGGUCUUCUCAAUAACACUCCAUCAGGCGAAUCGAGCCUAUUCUUUUGGUUCUUCCCAGCAGUGAACCCUAAUUCCGAUAACGAGAAAGAAAUUGUGAUAUGGUUGAACGGCGGACCCGGUUGCAGCUCUCUCGAUGGUUUACUUCAAGAAAACGGACCCUUCCUCUGGCAAUCAGGCGUUUAUCAACCUGUGCGAAACCCGUACUCGUUCAACAAUCUGACAAACGUGGUCUACAUAGACCAGCCUGCUGGUACUGGUCUCUCGCCUGGUCCGGCGACUGUUCAGAAUGAGGUUGAUGUGUCUAAUCAAUUCAAUGAUUUCUGGAAGCGGUUCAUCGACACCUUUGGUAUGAAAGGCUUUAAGGUGUAUAUUACUGGCGAGAGUUAUGCGGGCCAGUAUAUUCCUUAUCUUGCCGAGGGGAUGAUUAAGAAAAACGAUACAGAAUACUUUAAUCUGAAGGGGAUUCAGAUCAAUGACCCGUCUAUAAACGACGACUCAGUGAUGAUUUACGCACCUGCUGUAACCGCAUUGAACCACUUCUCCAGCGUCUUCGGUCUGAAUGACACAUUUAUGAAACACAUCAACGCCGCCGACGCAAAAUGUGGUUAUACCGAUUUCCUCAACAAGGCUCUUACUUAUCCACCACCGAAAAACUUCCCGAACCUCGACAAAGCACUUCGUACCGAGGGAUGCGAUACGUGGGAUCAAAUCAUUGAUGCAGCAACACUGAUUAACCCUUGUUUCAACAUCUACCAUCUCACUGAUUUUUGUCCCUUCUUGUGGGAUGAGAUGGGUUUUCCAUCUGCCGCCGAAGGCCCUAAUAACUAUUUCAACCAGUCCGACGUCCAGAAAGCAUUGCACGUUCCACCAACCGAUUACUCCGUCUGCGGCGGAGAUAUUUUCCCUAAUGGCGAUGGAUCUGUGCCAAGCGCUUUGGGACCGUUACCAGGUGUCAUUGAAGCUACCAACAACGUUCUUAUUGGUCACGGCUGGUACGAUUAUUUGUUAUUCAUGAAUGGUUCUCUGGCAACUAUUCAGAACAUGACCUGGAAUGGUGCACAGGGUUUCCAGAAACCGCCCACCGAGGAACUUUUUGUGCCUUAUUCUCCUGGUAGUCAAGUUGAUCCUGUGGUUUGGAGUGGCGGUGGUGGAAUUCUGGGGACUGCGCAUACGGAGCGUGGGUUAACUUUCUCGUCUGUUUAUGGCUCUGGACAUGAAAUCCCACAGUAUGUCCCUGGAGCUGCGUACCGUCAGCUGGAAUUCCUGCUGGGUAGAAUCGAUAAUUUGACUGUGAUAGGACCUUUUACCACUCAGCAAUAAUAUGUAUAGCACUGUUCAUAUUGUCACUGUAAGACAGACAUUUGGGAUGAAUAUAAUCUGUUUAUGUCCGAAGCUCGUGUGAUUAUCCAUAUGAUCGUUUAGGCAUAUUCUCCAGUAUACGUACCUAGGUAUUCCCGAGCUCCAUAGAAACAGCAAAAGGCAAAGAUUGUUCAUUCAAUGCUACCUAGUUACAUGAGGUCAUUAUUUAAUCGUAGAAGGUAAUCAAACGUCCACCUCCCAUCCACCACUGAAUCCCUCAUCAAUCUGUCGAACCAAACCAAUUCUUCCAUAACUAUCCGUACCAGUGCCGUUACCACCGCCGUUAACACCAUUCUGAUUUCCGUUGCUCAAUACUGUAACACCCUUGAAUCCCACGCCAGGAUCAUAGUCAAACGUCCCGUUGACCGACAAAUGUCCACUAUCAUACGUAAAUUGUAGGUAUGAAGUCCUGUCUGGCUUGAUCGAUUUCCCAUCAUCAAGGUACAAGCUACCGGUAGCUCUACCGUCGACAUCCGGCGCAAUCAGCAACUCAAAGUCAUGGGUACGUAGCGCAGCAGUCGUAUUCGCGUUGCCAGCGUCGGCGCGUAAAGGUAUAAUUGAGCCUCCUCGGAUAUGGACGGGAAUGUCGGUGUAGGUAACGUUGUCAAGAUUGAGGGUGUUUGAGUCCCCGUUUGGUUUGACACGUUCACCAGUCCAGAAAUCGUAGAAGAUAUCUUGAGGGGGCAGGUAGAGUGAUACACUCUCCGAACUUUCGGUUGUUACGGGAGAUACUAGGAUUGAAGGACCGAAGAAGAAUUGAUAGCUAAUAUCGAGUGUAGUCGGGUCAUUCGGAUACUCGAAAAACAGCGGGAUGAUGGUUGUCGGUGAACCAUCCACGGUCUGCUGAUAGAAUGCUGUGUAGAAGUAAUCCAGUACUUGAAAGCGUGCAGUUAUAGCUUUCUGUGCUGCUUCUGUGACCAACGGCCAGCGAUAGAACUCUUGAUAAUUGGCUGUGAUAUCUGCAUGGUUACGAUAAAAUGGAUACCAAGCACCUAGCAUCGCCCAUCGAGCACAGAGGGUUUCGGUGGUGUUAUCGUUGAAUCCGCACACAUCAGCUCCCACCAUAGGAAUUUGGAAGAUGGAUGCAAACUCCAUGUUUUGGACUAUAGAGAGUAAAUAAUGAGCCCAGAUGGAGGCAUUAUCUCCGGUCCAGUGGCCGCCCCUGAUUCCGUCACCGGCAAAUGUGCUUCGUGAAAUGAUGAAUGGUCGUUCCGAUGGUCGACGAGCCAGCAGACCCUGACGAGAGGCCUCGAUCAUAUAAGAUGCGUAGAGAUUGUGGGUAUCGUACUGCACAUAGCCUCCGUACUCGGGAAGUUCAGGCCAGAUAGUACCAACAGUCAGAGG